AUGGCCCUGGGUGAGAGUGGCAGACUGGAGUGUCCCGGGGUCCGAGCACAGCCUCUCCUGACCACCGUGGGGUCUUUCUUCUGUCUGUCCCCAGCCUCCGGCCGCUCCCACCCAGCCAGCCCCAGCCCGCCGGGGCCACAGGCCAGCCCGGUGCUGCCGAUCAGCUACAGGCUGUCCCACACGCGGCUGGCCUUCUUCCUGCGGGAGGCGCGGCCGCUGCCGCCGGCGCUCGCCAACAGCUCCCUGCAGCGCUCGGAGCCCUUCGUGGUGUUCCAGACCAAGGAGCUGCCGGUCCUCAACGUCUCCCUGGGGCCCUUCAGCACCAGCCAGGUGGUGGCCCGGGAGCUCCUGCAGCCGUCCAGCACCCUGGACAUCCCCGAGCGCCUCACGGUCAACUGGAAGGUGCGAGCCUUCGUCGUCCGCGCCCGCGUGCCCGCCUCGCAGCCCGUGGCCCAGGUGCUGUUCUACGUAGCCGGCCGGGACUGGGACGACUUCGGCGUCACCGAGCGGCUGCCCUGUGUCCGCCUACAUGCCUUCCGAGACGCCCGGGAGGUCAAGAGCUCCUGCCGCCUCAGCGGGGCCCUGGCCACCUGUCUUGUGCGGGCUGAGCUGCCCCUGGCCUGGUUCGGGCCCCCUGCCCCGGCCGCGCCGCCCACCACCCGACGCAAGUCUCCGGAGGGGCUGGAGCCCGAGCUGACGGGGGAGAGCCAGCAGGCUGAGCUGUACUACACUCUCCAUGCCCCAGAUGCAUCCGGGGGCUGUGGGGGCACCCGGCGUGGGGCUGGGGCCGGCGUGGGGGCCCGGGCGGAGAGCCCUACCCAGCACCCGCUGCUGCGCAUAGGGAGCAUCAGCCUGUUCCGCCCACCCCCCAGGAGGACCCUGCAGGAGCACAGGCUGGACAGCAACCUGAUGAUCCGCCUGCCCGACCGGCCCCUCAAGCCGGGGGAAGUGCUCAGCAUCCUCCUCUACCUGGCCCCCAACUCCUCCUCCCCCUCCAGCCCCAGCGUGGAGCAUUUCACACUCAGGGUGAAGGCCAAGAAGGGCGUGACCCUUUUAGGCACCAAGUCACGGAGUGGCCAGUGGCAUGUGACCUCGGAGCUGCUGACUGGGGCAAAGCACUCAACGGCCACCGUGGAUGUGGCCUGGGCCCAGGGCACACCCCUGCCCCCGUGGGAGGGCCAGGGGCCCCUGGAGAUCCUGCAGCUGGACUUUGAGAUGGAGAACUUCACCAGCCAGUCGGUCAAGCGGAGGAUCAUGUGGCACAUCGACUACCGCGGCCACGGCGCUCUGCCCGACCUGGAACGGGCAGUCACCGAGCUGACGGUCAUCCAGCGGGAUGUGCAAGCCAUCUUGCCCCUGGCCAUGGACACAGAGAUCAUCAACACGGCCAUCCUGACUGGCCGGACGGUGGCCAUCCCUGUCAAGGUCAUUGCCAUCGAAGUGACCGGCCUCGUCCUAGAUGUCUCUGCCAUGGUGGAAUGUGAGUCUGACAAUGAGGACAUCAUCAAGGUAUCCAGCAGCUGUGACUACGUGUUUGUUAGCGGAAAGGAGUCUCGCGGGUCCAUGAAUGCCAGGGUCACCUUCCGCUACGACGCCCUCAGUGCCCCCCUGGAAAUGACAGUCUGGGUCCCCAAGCUGCCCCUGCACAUCGAGCUCUCGGACGCCCGCCUCAGCCAAGUGAAGGGCUGGAGGGUACCCAUCCUCCCCGACCGGAGGUCGGCCCGGGAGAGCGAGGACGAGGACGAGGAGGACGAGGAGCGGCGGCAGAGCAGCAGCCGCGGCUGCACCCUGCAGUACCAGCACGCCACUCUGCAGGUCUUCACCCAGUUCCACACGACCUCGUCCGAGGGCACCGACCAGGUGGUCACCAUGCUGGGCCCGGACUGGCUGGUGGAGGUCACCGACCUGGUCAGCGACUUCAUGCGGGUGGGUGACCCCCGAGUGGCACGCCUGGUAGACAGCAGCACGCUGGCAGGCCUGGAGCCGGGCACCACCCCCUUCAAGGUGGUGUCCCCACUGACAGAGUCUGUGCUCGGGGAGACGCUGCUGACAGUGACAGAGGAGAAGGUCAGCAUCACACAGCUGCAGGCCCAGGUGGUGGCCAGCCUCUCCCUCUCCCUACGGCCAAGCCCCGGGAGCAGCCACACCAUCCUGGCCACCGCUGCCGCCCAGCAGACCCUCAGCUUCCUCAAGCAGGAAGCCCUCCUGAGCCUCUGGCUCUCCUACAGCGACGGCACCACCGCCCCACUCUCCCUCUACAGCCCCCGGGACUAUGGGCUGCUGGUGAGCAGUCUGGACGAGCGGGUGGCUACGGUGACCCAGGACCGGGCCUUCCCGCUGGUGGUGGCCGAGGCGGAGGGGGCGGGGCCGCUGCUCCGGGCGGAGCUCACCAUCGCUGAGAGCUGCCAGAAGACCAAGCGCAAGAGCGUUCUGGCGACGACCCCCGUGGGCCUGCGGGUGCACUUUGGGCGGGAGGAGGAGGACCCCACCUACGACUACCCAGGCCCCAGCCAACCGGGGCCGGGUGGGGGCGAGGACGAAGCCCGGGGAGCCGGCCCUCCAGGCACCGGGAUGUCCCCGCCGGAGGCUCCGGGGCCCGUCACCGCCAGCCCCGCGGGGCCGCCCACAGAGGAUUUCCCGCCGCUGCCCACGGGCUUCCAGCAGAUGCCACGCGAGCUGACGGACCUGGAGAUCGGCAUGUACGCGCUGCUGGGCGUCUUCUGCCUCGCCAUCCUCGUCUUCCUCAUUAACUGCGUGGUCUUCGUGCUGCGCUACCGGCACAAGCGCAUCCCGCCCGAGGGCCAGACCAGCACGGACCACUCCCACCACUGGGUGUUCCUGGGCAACGGGCAGCCGCUGCGGGCGCAGGGCGAGCUGUCCCCACCCGCCGGCAACCCGCUGGAGACCGUGCCCGCCUGCUGCCACGGCGACCACCACAGCAGCGGCAGCUCGCAGACCAGCGUCCAGAGUCAGGUGCACGGGCGGGGCGACGGCUCCUCGGGCGGCUCCGCCCGGGACCAGGCCGAGGACCCCGCCAGCUCGCCCACGUCCAAGCGCAAGCGGGUCAAGUUCACCACCUUCACCACGCUGCCCACGGAGGAGCUGGCCUAUGACUCGGUGCCCGCCGGCGAGGAGGAGGAGGACGACGAGGAGGACCUGGGGUGGGGCUGCCCGGAUGUGGCGAGCGCCACGCGGCCUGCUGCACCCCCCAAUUACAUGCGCAGAAACAAAGAGAUUGCGUAGAGGCGCCGUCUCCCGUGGGGGGGGGCUCUGGGAGGGCACGGCCAGGACCCCUGCUCGCACGGUCGUGGGCUGGCGGCUGGCGUGGAUCUGAAAGGCCCUGCCCUGCAGCGUUGCUCUCUGCAGGUGCCGCUCCCUCGCCCCUCGCCGGGCCCGUCCAGCUGCCUCACACGGUGCCCUCUCGGCGGCCGCAGGUGGACGGCUCCUUUGAGAGCUCGCUGGGAGGGAGCGAGCCCAGCCCUCCUACCUUUUCCAAACCCCCUCCCAUCUGAGACAGCCUGCCCCAGGAGCGAGGCCAGGUGGGCCCCCACUGUGAGCGCCCUGCCUCCCACGGGGUCCCCCCCGUGCUGGGGGUUCUGUGGGGUCUUGUGUCACAAGCUGCACAAAGACUUUUUUCAAACCACUAUUCAGGGAUUUCUGUCCUGCAGGGCGGGGAGGCAGCAGCUGCCAGCCCUUGCCAAGGAUCUUGCUGUGGACAAAACUUUGGGGGGGCCUGGGGGACACGUGUAGCAUCUUCUGGCUUCCUGGGACCUCCCAGUCCCUCCCUAGGACCUGGGAGCGGACCCCAGAGGGGUCUGUGGUCAAGCCAGGCACCUUCCUAAGAGCCCAGGACUCCCUCCUCUGCCCCCAAGGGCUAUAGAAGUGGCCGGAAGGGGGAGGAGUCCUCAGCCCACCCCUGGCCAAGCCACGGCCCAGAGCACCAUGUCUGGGUGGGCCCAGGGAGGCUCCCAUGCCUCCCGCCCACCCGCCUGCCCCCCCAUAGCAAGGCCAGCACUCCGCCUUAGCCCCUCCAGCUCUGCUGGCCACUCCUCCCUUCUCUGCAGGGGGCGACCACCCAUCCCCCCAGGAAAUGGAAUCGGUGGGAAUGGAGGGGGGCACCGAGGGAGCUGUGAAGGACCUGGGGAUGGGCAAGGCCCAGGGAGCCGGGCGUCUCCCUACCCCACCUCACAGCCACUUUUCUCUCGGGUUCUACCACCACUGUGUCGGGUUUUUUCUUAAAUAAAUGGAGGCGACCAGAUUGGAGGUGGGGGCAGCAGC